GAAAAAAUAGAUGAAAAUGAGUGAUGUAUAUUUAGCAAUAUAUUCCAUAGCAGACAUGUGUCUUGCUCCGAUAGAAACAGUAGUAACUCUGUUUACUAUAAAGUAUUGCGAGUCCUCAAUUAAUAUCAAGCUGAUACCAAGUAAGCAAGAGUUGACUGAGCAAGCAUAUAUGAUAGAUCUUACGAGUUUUGUCUAUGAGAUUAUAAAUAUAAAUGAAAUGCCUCAUUAUGCGAGUUCAUGCGAAUUACCGAAUGUUACUGUGAACGAGGACAGCUGCAUGGCUGGCUUAUGUACUGUACUAAGACAGAUUGUAAAAAGUGCAAAUCCAAAAUAUUUGAUGAACGAUGGUAAUAAGUUAUUAGGUUUUAAGGGUUCUUGCUUGAUGGCUUGCUCUGAGGCAAGCAUAUGGACUAAAUUCUGCGAGGUCGAUUUAAUUUUAACUUUAAAGUCUCUAGCUAGAAGCCAUCCAGAAAAAUCUGAAUUGCCAGUUAGCUUAGCCAGAUUCGAAUGCCACAUGUCUCAGCCAGUUAAACUGCAUAAUCUGUACAAAUAUACGAUGUGCAAGAAAUUCGCUGCGCUUGAUAUAAGUAGACGAGACGAAACGGGUUUGCCAGAACAUACGUAUGCAGAAGGUGCAUGUAUUACAUUAUCUGAUAUAAUCAUCUUCGUGUGUAUGCACAUCCUGCUGAAUAUGUUUUCGAGUCAGAUGAUAUUAAAACUGGUACCCCUAACAGCCAAAUGGUAUGACAGAAUGUUGGCAGAUCAAUUCAUAAUAAAAUGUUUAAGUUGUUUACCCUUAUCAAAGAAUUGUGACUCAGACAUACUCCAAUACACGCUUCCAGCCGUAGUAAAUGAGAGCUUAUACAAGAGUGAUCCGAAACGGUACAAGCCAAAAAAUCGCAUUUACACUAGGCAAGAGGAUAUAGAACAUUCUUUGCAGUUAGUUGAAGACAUGAAGAUCUCAAUGCAGCUUGACAUCGAACCGUUUGGUAAAAUGGAUCUCAAUUGGUCUGACAUUCCUUUCGACGCCACGCCAGAAGGCGGUUCGUUGCCACCUGCGAGAUUGCAACGGAAGCAAGAACAAUUACAAAAUCUAUGCAAGCCCGUUUUGAAAUUGGCGAAAGCAGGAAACACUAUUGUAGAUUUCUGUUCUGGUAGCGGUCAUUUGGGAAUAUUGAUAGCGUAUUUGCUGCCUCAUUGCACAAUCAUUCUACUAGAAAACAAAGAAGAAUCUCUAAACAGAGCCAAAAAGAGAGUACAGAAAUUGAAGUUGACAAAUGUGAAGUUCUAUCAGUGUAACUUAGAUUAUUUCAAAGGGGACUUUGACAUUGGCACGUCUUUACAUGCUUGCGGUUUAGCAACCGACUUAGUAAUUCAACGUUGCAUACAAAAGAAUGCGAUUUUCAUAAGUUGUCCUUGCUGUUAUGGCUCGCUGCAGGAUUGUCAUCAGCUGACGUAUCCACGAAGCGAUAUAUUUAAGGGGCGUUUUAAAAACAAGGAGUACUCAUAUUUGAGUCAUGCAGCAGAUCAGACGCAUGAUGAACUGAAUAUCAAGACUAAGCAAGGCUAUAAAUGUAUGACAAUUAUAGAUACAGAUAGGAAGCUGUUCGCUGAACAAUUUGGGUAUAAAGUUUAUCUCGCUAAACUAGUCCCAGAAACGUGUACACUUAAGAAUCAUCUAUUAGUUGGCAUACCAAAGAAUAAAUUAAUACAUAACAAUGCAAGUGACAAUUGAUGAUUUGUUUUCGCCAUAACAUUCUUUUGCAAAUAAAUGGCAUUGGUAUUGAGAAUAU